AAAAUUGAGAACAUUGUUCAAUCAAAUUUAAAGAAAAUUGAGAACAUUGUUCAAUCAAAUUUGAAGAAAAUUGAGAGCAUUGUUCAAUCAAAUUUAAAGAAAAUUGAGAACAUUGUUCAAUCAAAUUUAAAGAAAAUUGAGAACAUUGUUCAAUCAAAUUUAAAGAAAAUUGAGAACAUUGUUCAAUCAAAUUUAAAGAAAAUUGAGAGCAAUGUUCAAUCAAAUUUAAAGAAAAUUGAGAACAUUGUUCAAUCAAAUUUAAAGAAAAUUGAGAACAUUGUUCAAUCAAAUUUAAAGAAAAUUGAGAACAUUGUUCAAUCAAAUUUAAAGAGAAUUUCAGAAACUGUCCAAUCUCAUUGA